GCCAGGAAUGCCCCAGGGAUGAGGGCCUGGAAGGCAAGAUUCCUAGGUAUUCUUAGUUGCAGGGGGAAUUUCUUUAAAAAGAGAAUCACCUCUGACAGCGGAAGGACAGAGGGAAGGGGAGGGGCUGAGAGCCCAGGCCUGAGGCUUUGCCACCCCUUGCGGCUCCUGGGAGGAGAGCUCCGCAGAAGGCUUUGCCUUUCCAGGGGAGAGGAUCCUAAUGGGGAAAGCACAUUUGAGACCAGAGCAGGGUGCUGGGGGACCAGAACCAGCCAGCCAUGGAGAAGGAGGUCCCCUGAGAUAGGGCGUGGGCAGCGAAUGGGGAGACAGCACCCUCCUUCCUGAAAGCUGACUCCUUGCCAAUUCGAGAGCCUGUCCAGCUCUGUGUCCCUAGUGCCCUGUGGCUCCUGGUACGCAGCAGGCUGGCACCCAGCGUCUGCUGAGCUGACUUGAUCAACACCUUGGGAUCGGGCAGCGGGAGCACCCAUCCUUGUGAGUGUAUGGGCGUCCGUAGAGGAACAGCGUGAAGGGGUGAUGGGGAGAGGCCCUGCAUGUGCUCUGUUUGCCCGUCUGUUCAUUUACUCCUUCAUGAGGGAUUUUGGACUCCAGUAACAUAGACGUAACGUGCCUUCCGCCUGCCAAGCCGCUUCCAAGUGCACGGCUCAGUGCCGCGCAGUACACUUGCAUCAUCCAGGUCCCUCUCGUUUGAUGAACGUUUAUGGAGGACCUACUAUGUGCCAGCCCCUUCCCGCUGCUCCAAAUCUAGUAGGAGAGAUAGACAAAAAGUCAGCAACUUCAACCCGGCCUGAUCAAUGCUGUGAAAGACACAGGCAUAGGUGCCCUGGGAGUCCAGAAGCACCCAGACGGUGGAGGGAGGAGGCUUUCUGGAGGGCGCUAUUACUUGAACUGAGGCCCGGAAGACUAAGAACGAGUUGGGACGUUGGAGUAAGGGUUGAUAUGGCCCCAGGAGGAUCAAUGAAGCACAGUAAGAUGGCAGAGAGAAGUCCUUGAAACUCUGAGGUCACAGCAGGGCAGGGGUGGGGCUGAAUCACCCCUGAGGGAUCCUGCUUUGGAGGAAGCCAAGGGUGACAUACUGACCGCUCUCCUCCCCAUUGUCAGCACUAUGUCUUUCUCCAACCCUGAGGAUGCCCCCCAAGAGCCGGAGCCUGAGCCCUCAACCUCCAAGAAGAAGAAGAAGAAGCGGCCACGGCAAGAGCCCGGCAUCCAAGCCCUCACCAGGGCUGGCCACAGAGCCCUACUGGCUGGCCGGAACCACGAAGCCUUGACCAGCUUCCAGAGGGCCUUCAUCCUGGCCUCUGAGGACCCACAAAGUCGGGGUACCCCUGUUCUCCAGGCCUGUGCCUUCAACCUGGGGGCCGCCUAUGUGGAGACUGGGGACCCAGCCAGAGGCCUUGAGCUGCUCCUGAGAGCCCAGCCUGAAGAGAAGGCACAGGGCAGGUGUCAUGGUGACCAGUGUUUCAAUGUGGCUUUGGCCUACCAGGCCCUGGGCAACCUGCCUCAAGCUUUGGCCUGGUACCACAGGGCCCUGGGUCACUACCGGCCACUGGGUGACCAGGGGCAAGCCCAGGCAAAGAUGGGAGCCUGCUACCAGGCUCUGGGACAGCCUGAGCUAGCAGCCCACUGUCUGCAGGAGGCAAGCCGGGCCUACGCCCAAGCAGGGCAGCCCCAGGCUGCAGCCCUGGCCUCGGGGGCUGCGGCGGGGUGUAUGCUGAGGAGCGGGCAGCACGGGGUGGCUGAGGUGGUGCAGGUGCUGGAGGAGAGCCGGAGGCUUGCGGAGAGGAGCCCUGAGCGGGGACUGCUGGGGCAGCUCUAUAAUGACCUCGGCCUGAGCUACUCCCAGCUCCAGCUGUUCCCGCUAGCAGCAGAGGCCUUCCUGCGGGCCCUGCCCCUGUGCCAGGGGCCAGGAGAGGAUGCCACGGUGCUGAGAAACCUCGGGAUGGCCCACAGUGCCCUCGGCAACUAUCAGGAAGCCCGGGACUUUUACCAGAAGGCCGCUGACCUGCUCGGCUCUGUGGGGCAGCGGCGGGAGCAGGGACGGAGCUUUGGCAGCCUGGCAUUUGCACUGAGCCAGCUGGGGGACCACAGAGCAGCCCGAGACAACUACCUGCACGCGCUACAGGCUGCCCGGGACACCGGGGACACGAAGGGGCAGUGGCAGGCCUGCGAGGGGCUGGGGGCUGCGGCGGCCAGACUGGGACAGCACGACCAGGCCUUACGGUACUAUAAGGAAGCGCUGGCCCGGAGUCAGAAGGAGCCAGACUCUGUGCGGGACCGGCUGGUGGCCAAGCUGGCAGACGCCAUGAGGACCCACUUGGCCCAGGCUGGGCUUGUCCCGACGUACACCCUGACUUCGGCGCCAGGGAGGCCCCAGGCUCAAGAUGGGGCAGCUGGGCACCCAGCCCAGGCAGGAAGGGGUGGAGCAGAAGUGCCGCACAGGUCUUCGGGUGGGUGGGAAGAAGAGUGCGUGGAGGGCGAGGAGGAGAGAGAGGACCAGCCGCCGCCCGAUGGCCCCUGUGUUUGCCUCCAGAAAGCAGUGAGUUGUAGUCGAACGCCUGUCCUGUACGAGUGUAGGCUUUGGUGCACCCUCUGUGUCCGUGACUGGUGCACGCAUCCCGGCACCCACCGCCCUCGCUCUUCUCCCAAAGCUUUCUCCUUCCACCAUGUGGUUCUUGGUGCAGAGAGGCCUGUGAUGGAUGUGCCUGUCCCUCUCCAUCCAGGUCCAGGACCCGGGGCCCAGCAGCUGCUUGGAGGCCAAGGCCCCCUCCGAAUGCAGCAGCCUGGCAUUCUGGUACCCAAUGGCCCCCAAGCCAAUAGGUCGUCCAUCUGGCCCAGGGGAACCCCCAGCAGGAACCCUCAGAGGAGACCCAUGGAGUCUGGCUUCUGUGUGAUCAUGUGACCCCACUCCGCUGGCCCUGAAUGUGGCCUCUGUGUGACCCCCCCCCACCAACACACAAACGUUAGGGGUUUCUGCGACUAAAUCACUUCCCUGUUGUUCAGCGCCCUACAGACACAUAAUAGAACACCACCACCAAGUGGGUCGGCGGGACAGGGCCUUUGCAGUCUGGGCACUGAGGUAUUCAGUUUGCUCCUUGUUGGGAGUUUUGGACUCAAUGGGCAAAAGCAAAAGGGAAAAUGGACAGUGAAUUUCCCCCUUUUCCUUCUGGAUCCAGCCCUCAUGAUUGCUAAGGCCCUUGCCAGUUCUAAAAGCUGUGACAUCUUGGUCAGGAGGCUUUGCAGUCACGGACUGUCUCCAGACCUCCACCUUCUCAAGGGGGAAAUGGGCAUCUAAACUACAGAGGACACAUCUUAACCCCCUGAUGGAUUCCACCACAAGUCCCAGGUUGGGGAGGCAGCCCCUUGGGCCCGUCGGAUGCCGCUGCCUGCGGCCACAUUUUGUAAGCGGUACUGAUCGCUCGGUGCACACCACACAGUGCUCCGAGCGCUUCCCGGGUGUUUUCUCCUGCAGUCUUUGCAGCAGAUGACCCCCUUUCACAGACACGGGAAAUGAGUGCGUCCUCUCUGGCCACGCAACUAGUAAGUGGGGAAGCCAGGAUUUGAACCCCGGGCAGUGAGCACCUUUCAGAAUGCUGUGCAGUUCUGCUACCCCACUGAUGCUAAUACUUACCAGGAGUUGAUUGUGUUGGUACCAAAUGUGCUUAUGCCGGGUGUAUGUGUUCUUGUAAUUCGUGAUUUAAAUAUUACAUAAAUUGAUGAACUAAGUGUGAAAACAAGCACUGUUUGUAUGAAAACAAAGUUGAAUCCUUGGAAGUCUCGAUUAAGGUGAGUCAAUUCAAAACUGUUGAAAUAGACGUGAGCAAGAUGAUUAUCACAUUUUGGGGCAAAACAGUAAAAAUCUAGAUGAAUUUUGCACUCGGAUUGCUUCAAAUGCGCCAUUAACUGUUCCGCCUCAAGGAAGCAAACUGGAAAUUGCAGGUGGCCCGUGCUGAGGUUCAUGAGGAAGGAUGGAGAGCUCCAGUCAUGGGCUCAAAGAGAAGACCCUGGCCCCACUUUAACAGAUGGCAAAUGAAUGCAUGUUUAAGUUGAAAUAAAA